GCAGGGUCGCGGGUGCUCAGGCCGCUGCAGCGGCGGCGGCCCCUCCCUCCUUCCUGCGCAGUCGCCGGCCGGCGGGGCCCGGCCCGGGAGCGGCGCUCAGAAUGGGCAGGUGCUGCUUCUACACGGUCGGGACGCUGUCCCUGCUCCUGCUGGUGACCAGCGUCACGCUGCUGGUGGCCCGGGUCUUCCAGAAGGCCGUGGACCAGACGAUCGAGAAGAAUAUUGUGUUAAGGAAUGGUUCCGAGACCUUUGACUCCUGGAGGAAGCCUCCUCUGCCUGUGUAUGCCCAGUUCUAUUUCUUCAAUGUCACCAAUCCAGAGGAGAUCCUCAGAGGGGAGAUCCCUCGGUUAGAAGAAGUGGGGCCAUAUACCUACAGGGAACUUAGAAACAAAGCAGAUAUUCAAUUUGGAGAUAAUGGAACGACAAUAUCUGCUGUUAGCAACAAGGCCUAUGUUUUCGAACGAAAUCAAUCUGUUGGAGACCCCAAAGUUGACUUAAUUAGAACAUUAAAUAUUCCUGCGGUGACUGCCAUGGAGUGGGUCCAGCUCCACUUCCUCCGGGAGCUCAUCGAGGCCCUGUUGAAGGCCUAUCAGCAGAAGCUCUUUGUGACCCACACCGUGAACGAACUGCUCUGGGGCUACAAAGAUGAGAUCUUGUCCCUCAUCAGCAUUUUCAAACCCGAGAUCUCUCCCUAUUUUGGCCUGUACUAUGGGAAAAAUGGGACUAAUGAUGGAGACUAUGUUUUUCUAACUGGAGAAGACAAUUACCUUGACUUUUCAAAGAUUGUGGAAUGGAAUGGAAAAACGUCCCUUGACUGGUGGACAACAGACAAGUGCAAUAUGAUUAAUGGAACAGAUGGAGAUUCUUUUCACCCAUUAAUAAACAAAGAGGAAAUUCUUUAUGUCUUCCCAUCUGAAUUUUGCAGAUCCGUGUACAUAACUUUCAGUGACUUCGAGAGCGUGCAGGGACUGCCUGCCUUCCGGUAUAAGGUGCCCGGAGAAAUACUAGCCAAUACCUCAGACAACGCUGGCUUCUGUGUGCCUAAAGGAAACUGCCUGGGCUCCGGAGUCUUGAAUAUCAGCGCCUGCAAGAAUGGUGCACCUGUUAUUAUAUCUUUCCCACACUUCUACCAAGCGGAUGAGAAGUUCGUUUCUGCCAUAGAUGGCAUGCACCCAAAUAAAGACUAUCAUGAGACAUUUGUGGACAUUAAUCCUUUGACUGGAAUUAUUCUCAGAGCCGCCAAGAGGUUCCAGAUCAACGUUUAUGUCAAGAAGUUAGACGACUUUGCUGAAACGGGGAACAUUAGAACCAUGGUUUUCCCAGUGAUGUAUAUCAAUGAGAGUGUUCUCAUUGAUAAAGAGACUGCAAGUCGACUGAAGUCUGUGAUUAACACUACUUUGAUCAUCACCAACAUACCCUAUAUUGUCAUGGCGCUGGGUGUGCUCUUUGGUUUGAUCUUCACCUGGCUUGCAUGUAGAGGACAGGGAUCCAUGGAUGAGGGAACUGCAGAUGAAAGAGCACCCCUCAUACGAACCUAACUGAGGCCCGAGCUUGGUGGAGGAACCGUGUGAGCUGUCCUGACCUGGACCCGACGUGAGGAAACUAUCCACGUCUUCACAGGCACGUCGCCUAUUGUAGAGAGGAGGGAGGAGACCCCGUGCUGGCAAGUGAGGAGAGCAUUCCGGCAGGAGGUUAAACGACAGACUGACGUGGUUGGCCAUUAGGCUUUAUAAAAUUGUUUUGUUUUCCAUGUGUCUAGCAAGUAUUUAAUAAACUCCUGUAUAGUAAUUUUUUUUUGUUAUUGGGUGCUGGUAGCUCCAGAAUUUUGUGACCACUGUUGUGGUUAAAACAUGUCUGCAUUGCUUGUUAACGUUCCUUGGUCUAACCUUUUUCAGUAUGCUUCAGUCACCAAACUCUGUGCUCAAAAUAUAUAAAUACCGUUUUAUGUUGUAUUCCUCCAUUCAUUUCACCCCCAAAACAGAAGUAAACGGGAGCUCGGAACCCAGGGUAAAAUGGUAGCCUCAUUCAAUACAUCAUUAAAAUGCAUCUAAUUUCCUUUUUUAAAAAAGUGAUGUAUUAUAUUUCAUGCUAAUCUUCAGUUCAUAAUCCCUCCAGGAAAAUAAUUCAGUCUUUUGACUACUUUCAAACUGGCUGGGAACCCAGUGGGGAAGGGGUAGGGUGGGGUGAGGUGUGCAGUGGGGCGAUACCCUUGAGUUGAUUGUGAUUAAGCACCUGAGGAUUUUUUACUUGUACUUUUGUGAAUUGAGAAGAUGCACAAAUAAUGUUGGUGAGUACAAGCACAGAUAUUUCAAAUGGAGUAGAAGUAAAUGCUAGUUAUGACAUUUGUGGGCAGUUCGGGGUUUUGUUUUGUUUUUUUUUUUUUUUUUGAGUCAAAAUGAUCUUGGUGUGGAAAGGUGUGCCUGGGAGGUGUCAUCAGUAACUGAUUUUCCCCCAGUCACCCUUGCCAAAUAGGAUACUCGAUUAAUGACAAUAUUAUUGAUUCUUUGUAAAAUUAUUUAUGAAUAUGGGAAAACAAUCCAUCCACAGCUUAAGCUACACAUACGUUUCAGGAAGUCUGACUGCACUAACAAGACAUUUCUUCUGGGGCAGUCUUUUUGGGAACUUUGAAAUUGUUUUUGUAAGUUGGCUUUCUUUCCUGAGAUUUGGUCUCUUUCCAGUGUUCUGUGGUUCACUGUCACUCACUGAAGAGAGAAAAAUGUGCCCUACACUUCCUGAGACAGUCAUCUUGCUGACACAAUGAAUGAUGGUGUUUUAAAAUAUUGCACAGAAAAUGCUUUAAAGGAAGGUCCCUGGGGACCUAGGAGCAGGGCUGCCUCUCCUUAGAAAACCUCUUGGCUUUCAGUGCAACCUAAAUCAGAGGAUUAGGGACCAUCACAUGUCACAAAUUCAAGCAUAUUUAAGGGCAUUUUCUUUGUUCUCAAAAUUCACUAUUCAUUUUUGAUCGAGAAACCUAUAUAGUUCCAGCAAAGUGCACAUAGGAUUUCUUAACCCCUGAAUCAUCUUACAGGACUUUCCUUUUAAAACUGGAUUUCAGUGUAAAGCAAAUGAAGGGGAAAAGCCAUGGAUUUCACAAAUACAGCUUCUGAUCCCUGUGUGGAGGUAAUAAAUCCCAUUAUUUGCCCCAAUUUCUUUCUCUCAACACUAAAGCAACAUGUGACAUGUUCCCUUCUUGAAGGGGCAGUUCAUUAAACUCUCAACUUCUCUAUGAAUGAAGAUAGAACUUAGAAUGAAGAUAGAUAUCCCAAAUCACCAAAACGGGAAAAACUAAAUUGAAAGUACUUUGUCUCCCAAAAUACCAAAUAUCUAGGUUUUUUUGAAUUUAUCAAUAUUUAACUACAUAAUUGGCACACCUUAUUCUUUUGUUUAUACACUUAUCCACACAAAUAAAUCUGAUAAGCCAGUGCCUAUAUGUUGGUUCAUCCUAUUAUCAGGGUAUAGUCAUCUGUGAGGAGGACAUUUUUAAAUACUAUGAAUGAUAACAGCUGAUACACGCUUUAGACUAAAUCCCACACAGGCAGGGAAACCAAAAACAUAUUACUGCCAUGUGAUUCUUCAUAGUUUUAUGGCUUAACAUCCCAUUUGAUAUUCUCUCUCGGAAAAAUCUGUGGCAAACCCACACACUGCAGUCAAGAUUAUAGACGGGUUAAGAAGAACGAAUGUGCCUAUUUGGCUUUAGGUUGAAAAUAACAAACUAUUCCUCAUGCUGAUUCUCUUGGCGCCAUUAUCCUGGAAAGGCCCCCAAAGUCUUUGUGAUUGUCGUUAUCACAGAAUACGUGUGUCCUGUACUAUGAUACUCAACUUAGGGAGAAACCAAACAGAGAGAGAUGACCUCACUUCUCUCAAGGAAAACUGAGAGUUGAACACAGGACAGGAAAUGGGCUUUGCCACUUUUAGCUCCAGGCUUUUCCUACUGGUCUUUAUUUCCUCAUGUUCUAGAAAGAUCACUAAUGGUCAAGUGGAGCAAGUACUAUAUGAUUAACCCCUAUUGGGGUUUUUGCUGAAGGAAGGCUGGUUCUUUAUUUAAAUUGCUUGAGAUAUGCUUUCUCCAAAAGGUGACCUUCACACUUGGCCCUCUGGGCAUUAUUUCUGGAAUUAAUUCCUCGUGGCUAUCAAACAGAAUACUGACCAGAAUGCUCUUCCUGUCGCUUAAAUAAUUGGUUCAUCUCAUGUGAUGCUUGACCUGUUUAUUUCUACCCUUAAUACAAUGAAGUAUUUCACUAAUAAAACUGUUCCUAUGAAAUUGCA